AUGGAUCAAAAUGAAAUAAAAAACAAUAUACUAAACAAUCCAAUAGAAAUUAUAGACAAAUUAUUUAACGAAAAUAAAAAUAAUUUAGAAAAUGGUUCAAUUCAUAAAAAAUUUGAACAAAUCAUUUCAAAUGAUGAAACCUAUCUAUCAAUUCCCCAAAUAGAUACAAUUAAUCAAUGCGAUCUUUCAAAUUGCAAAUUGGUCAAAAUCAGAUGUAUGAUUCAAGAUAUUUUCGAUCCACAGUUUUGUCCUUCCUACUAUAAAAUAAAAAAUUUACAAACAAACCAAAUUAGAUACGAAUCAUCAAAAUAUAAAGACUAUAUUAAUUUAAAGGAUGAUGAAGAAGUAGAUUCUAAUUUUAACUCACAACCAUUUGAUAAGCUAGUAUUAUAUUGUAUACCAAUACCAUGCGAUAAUAAUUGUGAUAAUAAUAGUAAUAAUAAUGGUAAUAAUGGUAAUAAUAGUAACAAAAUCAAAAAUAUUGAUAUAAAUAAAAUUUAUAAUUUCCCAAUUCCAAUUGAAGAAAAUAAUAAUAAAAAUAAUAAAACACCCUUCAUUGUAAAUGUUUAUGAUGAAAAUAUUCUAUUAGAUGAUAAAGGUGAACCAAUUCCAUUUAAAAUAAAUGAACUUGUAGAAUUUAUUGGUAUAGUUUCAAAAUUUAAUCCAAAUAAUAAUAAAAACAAUAAAGAUUUCGAACCAGACCAACCUAUUGCAAAUUUAAUGUCAACUUUAGAGCUUGAAGAUGAACUUAGUCAAAUACCAGAUUCAUUAAUUCCACAAUUUCAUUCAAUAACUUAUAGAUAUAUAAAUCCAUAUACAAACCCAACAAUUACCAAUAAUCCAUAUAAUAAUAAUAAUUAUAAUAAUAAUAAUAAUAAUAAUAAUAAUAAUAAUUUAUCAAAAAAUGAAAUUGAAAAAUUAAGAGAAGAGUUAUUAACUUUUAUUUCAAAAUUUGUAAUCGAUAAGAAUCUAUCAGAAUAUUUAUUAUUACAUAUUUUAUCUAAAGUUUAUUCAUUUUCAGCAGGAUUAUGUAUUGGUAAUUUUUCACUUAAUAUUACUAUCCCAAAUAAAGAAAACUUCAGUCAUAUGGCAGAUAUUAUCGAAUUAUUAUUUAGUAAACUUACAAGUCGUUCCCAUAGAUUCCAAGUAACCAUUGAAAGUUUAAAUGAUUCUUCAAUUAUUCCAUUCAAAGAUUAUGAUAGAAACAGAUUAGUCUCUGGCUUGUUACAAUUACCAAAGAACACUCAUCUUAUUAUCGACGAAACCAAAUUAUCUGAAGGCAAAAUCGAAAGUCAAGGAUUAAAAGCAUUAAAUGCAUUUACAACAUUAUCGACUCUUCAAAAAGUAGAAUAUGAUUUCCAAUACCAUCCAAUCGAAAUACAAACUGAUAUCCUAUUAUCAACAAUAUCAUAUGGAAAACCAUUAAUUAAAGGUUUUUGUGAAGUUUCAAUCGAUAGCUCUGUAACCUUACCAUCACUAAACGAUUUAAGGAACCUUAGUUUUGACCAAGAGAAACUAUUAUCUUUUAGAAACUAUAUUUAUUAUUGUAAGAAUCUAAACUUUAAAUUAUUAAGUGACCAAGAUGAAAAUAGCGAUGCCACAAAAUUAAUUCAAGAUGACUUUGUUAAAACAAGACAAUCAGAUCAAAAUAUGACACAGGAUAUCUUUCAUUGUUGGUUAACUCUAGCAAGACUUUUAGCUUUAUCUUUUGGUGAUAAUUGUAUUACAAUUGAUAAAUGGAAUAAAAUGAAAAUGAUUGAAGAAAUUAGAAAAAAUAAAAAUAAAUAA